AUGCGAUCAGGCAUUUCAAGACUUGAAAAACUACAUGAGCAAGGCACCGCUAUUAUAGCCCCUUCGGCAGGUACUUCAAAAGCCAGAAACGUCGGGCCGAUUGGUCAAAUGUUCAAGCCAAGGCCUGCAGAGAAAGGUCAGGCCGUCGCCGACUUCAUCUCCAAGCUCACACCUCCUGCACUAUCGGAGACAUUUUGUCCGAACGCUAUUCUUACUGCACCGGAGAAAAUGGAUGCUGAGCGCUUUGACAGUUUCGUCCCUCUCUGGAUUUUACACGUGGAUGGCUCGGCAAACCAACAAGGCUGUGGAGCCGGCUUAGUGUUAACCACUCCAGACGGUGGCAAAGUCGAAUAUGCCCUCCGAUUCAACUUCAGGACCUCUAACAACGAGGAAGAGUAUGAGGCUCUCUUGGCUGGCCUUCGGCUAGCCAAGAGCAUGAGCGAGAGACAGAUCAGCAUUCACAGUGACUCCCAGCUCAUUGUGAAUCAGAUAACGGCAGACUUCGCAGCCAAAAAUGCCUCUAUGUCAGCCUACCUAUCGGCAGCUCAUCAACUCCUGCAAAAAUUUUAG